UAUGGAGGACCCCAUGAAUGAUGGAUAUCAUCCAAGGACCACUAAUUAAACCUCCAUUACAAGGACAUCUUCAUCCUUGUUUUGAGAUCUCUAGUGGCAAUACCACUGCAACAAUGUCUGCAAGUAUGAUUCCAGGUUCAAGCUUUGAUACCAAAGAGAAUGAAAAGGAUGAUGUGAAGCCAAAGCAUGAAGAUGAUGACUCUCUAAGUCUUCGCAAUCUUUCCAAACUCAUCCUUCCUCCUUUGGGUGUCUCCAGUUACAACCAAUGUCAGUUUGAUAAGAGAGGCAAGAUCAUCUCUCCAAUGGAUUCAAGAUACAGGUGUUGGGAGACAUUGAUGGUGUUCUUGAUUGCAUAUUCUGCAUGGGUUUAUCCAUUUGAAGUUGCCUUCAUGAAUGCUUCUGCCAAAGGAGGACUUCUUGUUGCCGAUAAUGUUAUCGAUCUUUUCUUCGCCAUCGACAUUGUUCUUACUUUCUUUGUUGCUUACAUAGACUCCAGAACUCAUCUUCUUGUUCUUGAUCAGAAGAAAAUAGCUAUCAGGUAUUUAUCAACAUGGUUCAUCAUGGAUGUGGCUUCAACCAUUCCAUUUGAAGGUUUGGGUUAUCUAAUAACUGGUCAAGUUAAAUCAGGCCUUUCUUAUAGUCUUCUUGGCAUGCUUAGACUUUGGCGUCUCAGAAAGGUCAAGCAAUUCUUCACUAGGCUUGAAAAAGAUAUCAGAUUCAGUUAUUUCUGGAUAAGAUGUGCUAGACUUCUCUCUGUGACUCUGUUUCUUGUUCACUGUGCUGGAUGUUUAUACUACUUGUUAGCAGAUAAAUAUCCACAUCAAGGAAAGACAUGGAUUGGUUCAGUGAUUCCAAACUUCAGAGAAUCAAAUCUAUGGAUUAGAUACAUCUCUGCAAUGUAUUGGUCCAUUACAACCAUGACAACAGUUGGUUAUGGUGAUCUCCAUGCGGUUAACACAGUGGAGAUGAUCUUCAACAUUGUGUACAUGCUCUUCAACCUCGGUCUCACUGCUUAUCUCAUCGGCAACAUGACUAAUUUAGUCGUUGAAGGCACUCGCCGCACUAUGGAAUUUAGGAAUAGCAUACAGGCGGCGUCGAACUUUGUAUGCCGAAACCAUUUGAGUCCAAGAUUGAAAGAGCAAAUAUUGGCAUACAUGUGUUUAAAAUUCAGAGCAGAGAGUUUGAACCAACAACAACUUAUGGAUCAGCUCCCAAAAUCCAUUUGCAAGAGCAUUUGUCAGCAACUCUUCCUUCCAAUUGUUAAAGAUGUUUAUCUUUUCAAAGGUGUCUCAGCAGAAAUGCUUCUUUUCCUGGUAUCAAAUAUGAAAGCAGAGUACAUACCACCAAGAGAAGAUGUGAUUGUGCAGAAUGAGGCAUCAGAUGAUGUGUAUAUUAUAGUGUCUGGUGAGGUUGAGAUUAUACAUUGUGACAAAGAUAAAGAGAAUUUGGUUGGUCUUUUAAGCACUGGAGAUAUGUUUGGUGAGAUCAGUGCAGUUUGCAAUAGGCCUCAAGGUUUCACAUUCAGAACAAGAUCUUUGUCUCAGUUACUGAGACUUAAACAAGCCACUCUUAAAGAAGCUCUUCAAUCUAAACAAGAUGAUAGCAGCGUUAUCAUCAAGAACUUUCUCAAGCAUCAAAUAGAAUUUAAAGAUAUUAGCAUUGAGGAUUUGGUAAGAGAGAAUGGACAGUGUGAUGAGGCUAACAUACCAUGUAAUCUAUUGACUGUGGCUGCAACUGGAAACUGUUGUUUUCUUGAAGAACUUCUCAAGGCUGGAAUGGAUCCUGAUGUUGGUGAUUCUAAAGGAAGAACACCACUUCAUAUUUCAGCAUCAAAAGGAUAUGAAGAUUGUGUAUUGGUUUUGCUCAAGUAUGCCUGCAACAUAAACAUACAAGAUGCAAAUGGAGACACACCCUUGUGGGCAGCAAUAACAGCAAAACAGCAUAGUAUUUUUAACAUACUACUUCAAUAUGCAAGUGUGUCAAAUGUACACACAAGUGGAAACCUCUUGUGUUUGGCAGCAAAAAGGAAUGACAUACAUGCAAUGAAGGAGCUUCUUAAACAUGGAUUGGAUAUAGAUUCAGAAAGCAGUGAAGGAUUAACUGCUCUGCAAGUGGCAAUGGUUGAGAAGAAAAUGGAAAUGGUGAAGUUCUUGAUAAUGAAUGGUGCCAAUGUAGAUAAAACAAGGGAGAGUAGUAUGAUGAGUAGUGAGGAGUUUGAGGAAAUGGUUAGAGAAAGAGAAGUUGGUCAUUCAAUUAGAAUAUUUGAGAAUAAUAAUAGUGAGAAGGAAGGAAAGGUGGUGGAGAUGAAUGGGAAUGGAAAUGGGAAGGGAGGGAACAUGUUGAAAUGGGAGAGGAGAGAAGUUUGUCCAAGAGUUAGUGUGUAUGAAGGACAUCCAUUGAUGAGAAAUCUUUGUUCUAAAGCUGGGAAGCUCAUCAAUUUGCCAAAUUCCAUGGAAGAGCUCAAGAACAUUGUUGGAAAGAAAUUUGGGAUUGAUGCAAGCAACAAAAUUGUAACAAAUGAAGAAGGGGCGGAGAUUGACUGCAUUGAGGUGAUAAGAGAUAAUGAUAGGCUUUUCAUUGUUGAUGAACAAGAUUAUCAAAUUAGUUCAUAAUAGAUAUAAAAAAAUACACUUUUGCUUCAAACUCAUCCUAAUAUUUUAGAAUGGGAUGAGCCUUUGAAUAUGCUCCUUAAAAAGGGCUAAUAAAACAAGAACUUUUGUGUCAAUGAAAAUAUUAAACUUUCAUGUCUUA